AUGGCAUUCCGGGUGCUCUCUCGAAGAAUCCUCAAUAACAUUCAUUGCAGCGCCGCAAUGAAGCCCCGGAAUACUUGCCGUACCUCCCUCUCCACCGCCUCUGCGGCGACGACACUAAACUUAGAGGACGUAGAGCAGCUCUUUGGGUCGGUGUCGACGAAACAGUUGCUCCGAUCCUCUGCUAUACAACAUGCAAUGGCGGUGGAUUGCAUGGUGGACUUGGGAAUAUGGGUGACGAAGUUGAAGGUGUUUGAGAGUGGAAUGCUGAGAGAUCUCGUGAUGACCACCAUGCGCCACACGUUAUACGCCAACUAUUGCGGCGGCGAGGAUGCUGCCGCCGCCGGGAGGAGCAUACUGGCGCUGAACGAUACCGGGCUGCGUAGCAUGCUGGCUUAUGGGGCGGAAGAUGCACUCGACAAUGAGGGGUGUGAUGAGAAUCUUCAAGGGUUCCUUCACAGUGUUGAGUUUACCAAAUCCCUUCCACCAUCCUCUGUGAGCUUUGUUGUUGUGAAAAUCACUGCAAUAUGUCCCAUGGUAUUGUUAGAAAGACUUAGUGACCUUCUACGAUGGCAGAAGAAAGACCCUUCAUUCGUUUUGCCAUGGAAGCAAGAUUCCUUCCCAAUUUUUGCAGAAUCUAGCCCUUUGUACCACACACAGAAAAGACCAGAGCCCCUGACCCCUGAAGAAGAGAGUGAUCUUCAACUUGUCAACCAAAGACUCCUUAAACUUUGCCAAAAAUGUGAGGAAGCUAAUGUUCCUUUGUUGGUCGAUGCUGAAGACACCACUGUUCAGCCAGCUAUUGAUUACUUCACAUACUCUUCUGCAAUCAUGCACAACAAGGAUAACAAGCCCAUUGUGUUUGGAACCGUUCAAACUUACCUGAAAGAUGCCAAGGAGAGGUUGUUGCUGACAACAACAGCAGCAGAGAAAAUGGGAGUUCCAAUGGGGUUGAAAUUGGUGAGGGGUGCUUACAUGUCCAGAGAGAGUAAAUUGGCCAAGUCUCUCGGAUUUGCAUCCCCAGUUCACAGUACCAUUCAAGACACACACAAUUGCUUCAAUGAUUGCUCAUCAUUUAUGCUCGAGAGAGUUGCCAAUGGACCUGGUUCAGUUGUUCUUGCAACCCACAAUAUUGAAUCUGGCAAAUUGGCUGUGGGAAAAUCACAUGAAUUGGGAGUUGAAAAGGUGAAUCAGAAGCUAGAAUUUGCACAACUAUAUGGAAUGUCAGAGGCACUUUCCUACGGGUUGAGCAAUGCAGGGUUUCGGGUUAGCAAGUAUAUGCCAUUCGGGCCAGUAGAAAUGACUAUGUCCUACCUCAUUAGAAGAGCCGAAGAGAACAGAGGGGUUUUGGCUGCUUCAGGUUUUGAUAGGCAAUUGACUAGAAAGGAGUUGGCAAGGAGACUGAAAGCUUUAGUGUUCUAA